AUGCAUGGUAUGAUCAAGUACCUGACGGCAGCUCUGCUCACGCGGGCGCUAGCAGCUCCGCCCGCUCAGGUACCUUUGAAGGGAGAGGGCGAAACAGACGAUCGUAUUGGUCUGGCAGAGACAACAGAGAAGAGAAGGCCGCUUCAUGGCCGCUUCCUCCAGAUCACUGGUUUGUGCUGAAGGGUGGGCUCAGAAGAGACACUCAUACUAACCCCAAAUGUAGACUUCCAUCCCGAUCGAUUUUAUGAAGUCUACUCCUCAACAUCAGAGGAGUCGGCAUGUCAUCGAGGGAAGGGACCAGCUGGGAUAUACGGUGCGGAGACGAGUGAAUGUGACAGCCCAAUCGCAUUAGUAAACAAGACCAUGGAAUGGGUCGCGAAAGAGUUCAAGGACAAGAUUGAUUUCGUCGUCUGGACAGGCGAUUCCGCGAGACACGACAACGAUGAAGAUCUACCUCGGACGCAAGAGCAAGUGCUGGGACUCAAUCGCUUCAUGGUGCAGAAGAUGGCAGAAGCAUUUGGCAAGCAUAAUGGAGACGAAGAAGAUGAGGACCCAAACAACGAUUUCAUCAUCCCAAUCGUGCCCAACUUUGGGAACAACGAUAUCUUGCCGCACAAUAUCCUAGCCAAGGGGCCAAAUAAGUGGACACGAACUUACGCUAGCAUCUGGACGCAGUUUAUCCCAGAGGUCCAGAAACAUUCGUUCGAACAAGGAGGCUGGUUCUAUGUCGAAGUCAUUCCAAACAAAUUAGCUGUCUUCAGCCUAAACACGUUGUACUUUUUUGACAGCAACGCGGCUGCCGACGGCUGCGCAAUACACUCGGAGCCGGGAUAUCAGCAGAUGGAAUGGCUGAGAAUCCAGCUCCAAUUCAUGCGAGAUCGCGGCAUGAAGGCAAUCCUCAUUGGACACGUUCCUCCGGCCAGGCAAGAGACGAAGACUUUGUGGGACGAAACCUGCUGGCAGAAGUACACCCUGUGGAAUCGCCAAUAUCGGGAUGUAAUAGUAACCAGCCUCUGGGGCCAUUUCAACUACGAUCACUUCAUGUUGCAAGACUUCAAGGACCUCCACAAGGGUACCAAGAAAGGGCGUAUGAACUAUUAUAAUGCUCUCGAUUCAGAUGAUGAUUCCGGCGGUGAGCUCUCGACGCAGGACAAGACCGAGUAUUUCAUUCAAUUGCGAGACGAGUGGUCGGAGCUGCCGAAGCCACCAAAUAAGCCCAAAUCAACCAGCUGGUUCGACCUUGCAAUUGGCAAGAAGAAGGAUGACCGCAAGUACAAGAAGAAACUGAGGAAAUAUCUCAAGAAAGUUGGUGGCAAGCACGCCGAACGCUUCGCCGCUAGUUUUGUCAGUGGAAGUGUCGUGCCCAAUCUCAUGCCUACAAUGCGUGUCUUUGAGUACAACACUACUGGCUUGGGCAGUCACAACAAUGACAUUGACUCUAUCCCGCCACCUGCGCACUUUGAAUUCGACACGAGCAGGAUUGACGCCACAAGGAAGAAGCAUAAGAAGUACAAGUUCACUGUUCCGGACGCACCGUCUAAAUCAUCGCCGCCGGGACCUGCAUACUCUCCGCAGACCCUGUCACUUGUGAAAUACACCCAGUACUUUGCCAACCUGACAUAUAUCAACAACGAUUUCACCCACUCAUCGGAAAAGGCAGAGGAUGACAUCGAUGCCGCAAAGUGGAACGAGGGCAAACACAAGGGCAAGAAGCCUCACGACAAGGACUACAAGCCGAAACCCAGGAAGUUCAAGUACGAGGUGCUCUACGAUACGAAGGAAGACGAUGUGUAUCGACUGGAAGACCUGACCAUGCCAAGUCUCUUAGAUCUCGCGAGGCGCGUUGGCAGUUUUGUACCACCUGAGGACGAGAGCGAAGACAUUGACCUUGACACGGUCUUCGCAGACGACGUCGACGAGGAGAAGAAAGGGAAAAAGAACAAGAAGAAGAAGAAGAAGCACAGGAAAGGAGGCAAGAAGAAGAAGAAGGAUCCUAACCGGAAAGAGAACGAAGCGUGGUAUACGUUUAUUCGAAGGGCAUAUGUGGAGACCAUGAGCCCAGAAGACGUAGAAGAGGAGUUUGGACAUUGA